AUGCUUCUCCGUCCUCACAACCUCAGGGCCACCACGGUCAACCUCACCACCGCCACCACCGGGCGGCAGAGUCGUCAGACCUGCGGCCUUAUCUACUCCCGUCAGCAACAUGCCCGACCGGCGUUUGCGCCCGUGUCUGCGCCGUUUGCCAAGCGCUCCCUGGUGACACGGAGUGCCGGCACACAGCUGGCCAAGCUCACCCAAGAGGGCUCAGCCGUGUCGAUCGCUGCUAUCCGUAUGCUGAGUACCACUAGCUCCCUUUCAAAGGUGAAACGGGUGCCGUCUCCAUUGCAAUCCGCCCAGAAAAAGAGUCCCAAGGCAUCCCAGUCGCAGAAUCAACCAUCGUCUUCGUCGCCGUCAUCGCCUUCUGCAUCUGCUUCCAAAUUCACGUCCCCGCAGAAACUACCGAAUGCCCAGCAGCCGCCAGCCACCGAGACCGCACCCCCUCAAGCCCAGGGGCAGCAUGCCACUCCGGAUCCUGACCGUGUCACCAAGGAGUUUCUGGCCAAGCAAGGUAUUCCGUCAGAGCACAUGACCCUCACCGCUCUGCGCGCCUUGGUCCAACCAACCGUCCCGUCAGCGGCUUCUGCCUCUGCUGCUGCUGCUGCCUCUGCCUCUGCCCCUGACUCCUCCCAUGAUAGCCAGCCCCCCGCAGCCGGUGCAGAGGCCGAUCAGACGGGUGCUUCUGAUCUGCUUGGUCUGGAUGUUGACGGCCGGAACGCCCGGGCCUCGACGGCUGCUCCUGGGCAACCUCAGCCUCUUACCUACUUGAGCUUCAACAAGGAUGCUGCUGACAAGAUCUCAGAUGCGGCCUUUGCAAUCAUUUCGCAUCCUCCUGUUGUCAUCACCCCGCUGCUGCUCAGAGAGUAUGUUGCUCUCCAGGCCUCUCUUGGCAAGCCCAAGACACUGCCGUACGUUUUGGGCCUAUAUGCGUACAAGGCAGCCCCCAAGCUUAGCUCUGGAAAGCUGGCUUACAAGAAGCGGAAUCCUGACAUGCCGAAGAACGCGGUGGAUCCCGAGGUUGCUGAGAUGGCACUGGACGCAGCACUUGAUGCCAAGGACCUUGAUGCCGCUGUUGGCAUUGUCGAAAAUACGUACGCUACCAAGGCUUUCACCCGCGCCAAGUUGUUGAAAAAGGCACUUGUACCCAUGACCGGCUUGGGACUCACUCCAGUCGCUGCUUGGGCUCUCGCCAAGAACUAUGGUACAUGGCAAGAUUCAAUGGAGACUGUUAUGGCGACCAACGUAGCCUUCUUCGGCAUGCUGGCCUAUAUUGGCUUCACUGCGACCAUGGGCAUUGUGGCCACUACCACGGCAAACGACCAGAUGAAACGGGUGACCUGGGGCCCGGGUAUUCCGCUGCGGGAGCGAUGGAUCCGAGAGGAUGAACGGGCCGCUUAUGACAAAAUUGCCUGCUCAUUCGGAUUUGGGGAAGUGCUUCGUUACGGAGAGGAGGAAGGAGAAGAGUUUGACGUGCUCCGUGAAUAUAUUUUAAGCAAGGGCAUGAUCCUUGAUGCCGUCAACCUGAUGCCAGGCAUGCAAUAA